AUGGUGCUCAACGGAGCUGUGUGGCUGAGUGAUCUUUGUCCAGAUGGACUAGUGCCUUUAACAAACGAGAGAAACGUGAGAACAUGUCAAACGCAAUGCCCUAGAGAGGCUCGUUGUGUGCAAGGGAUUUGCUGUGCUUUACCACCAAAUUGCAACGAUUUUACGCACAAAUUCGAGACAAAUCUCGUCUGUUUGCCGAAAUUCAAACAAAAUUGCCCAAAAAACGCGAAAUGCGUGGAAAGUAGUCGACCAGCGCAAUCGAUUUGUUGCUCAGCAAUACCACCGGAACUCACCAGAAUCAUCGGGCAUAGACCAUUAGAAACUGUUUGUCCAGCUGAUCAUCCGGUGCUCGGCUUUGAGCGUCGUGGACUUCAAGUGUGCAAGAAUUGCGAGCGAGGACUAUGCGUCCCAUUUCGAAACUCGGAGGUGAUGAUUUGUUGUCACUCGCACGAGUCUCUUUGCGGCGUUGAGUCUGAAAUUUGCGGUGCUGGUUGUGCUCGUUUCGAGAAAUGCGAGAGUUUAGCUGGUGGUCGAUGGUGUUGUCCAAGAGGGGAGGAAGAGGUCGAGAUGUGUCCCGGGGAAAUACCAACCUCUGGAAUUUGUUCUUUAAAUCAUCCGGAUUGCGGUAGUGGGAAUGUUUGUGUUGCUACAGAGUCAGGUCUGGGUUUUAUCUGUUGUCCGGAUCCAGGGAUCGUCUCGCUCACUCGUUUGUUGAAAGGAAUGACUCCUCUACCAUCACCGCCAACAACGACAAAAGCUCCGACAAUUCGAACAUUCCCUCCAUUCACUCCACCAAACACAAAGGAACCAAUUUCGAUGACUUUCCCACUAAACAUUCAACAAUCAACAAAAGUCAAAAACAACUCAAACAAGCCGACAAAAAACCCGAGAAAAAAGCUGAUCACAACAACGGAAAUUUCAACGAUUCCUAUCGUUUGCCCUCAGGGUGGCCCACCAAUGGGAAUUCAAGAUGCCUUUUUGAUGUGUCCAGAAAUUGGAGCACCAUGUCCACGAGCUGGCUACACUUGUCAAGAGACGAACAUCGGGGAUUAUUACUGUUGUCCGAUGGGAGUUGAUGAGUGGGAACUUGAAGAACUUUCACCGAAGGUACCAAAGCCGAUUUCAACCACAACUGCAGCUCCAUGGUUGGCUUUGUUGACCUUGUUGCCAAAGAGUACCACAACGACGACAACGACACCGAGCUUUUGGCUAACAACAACUUCUCGCCCAAUCCCAUCGACUCUUUUCCCUCGUGUUCCCGCGAAAUGUCCUUUCGGUCAUCACUCAAUCAUUGAGCUGAAUGGAGAGUUGAGGAGUUGUGCGGGAUGGUUCGAUUUCACUUGCCCAUUGACCUACAGUUGUAUGGCCUCUUCAACGACUUUGUCCUACAUUUGCUGUAAAUUGAAUCACACAAUGCACGACGAGUUAUCACGUUUU